AAUUGUCUUUCACUUUCCGAAUGAUAAACUGUGUUGCGAGCAUUCUCAAAUAUGAAGAUGCUUCCUUGUAUAGCUUCAGAAUCAGAAUCACAGGGAUGUAAUGAUUAUAAUGCUGUAGCAUUAUGUGAUAGCAAUAAAGAGUUGACUAUCAGAUCUGACAAUGAUCAAACAAGGAAGCUUAAAGUAUGUUUAAGUAUUCCAUUGUUUAAACCCUACGUGCAGCUAACAAGACGAAAAGGAGGAAUAAAAGAGUUUAAAUACCAAAAGAAGGAUUUCUGUGUAGAGAAAUGCGGCAAUCCUAUUUUAAGCCCAACAACUCCACCUGAAGAACAGAACGUUGACAUAGAACUUGCACCUGUUGCGGAAGUCCUCCCAUUUCUUUAUAUUGGCAAUGAACGAGAUGCCUCGGAUAGAUGCACAAUUGACUCUUUCGGUAUUACUCACAUUUUGAAUUGUACUUCACACCUUCCUGAACACUUUUCGUCAUGUGGAAUUAUUUAUCAGCGACUUCCAGCAAAUGAUAGCUCGCAACAAGAUCUCAAACAAUAUUUUGAGGAAGCCUUCGAAUUUAUUGGCAAGUAUAUUAAGAAUGUCUUAUGA